AUGAAGGAUAAGUUUGAUAAAACUAAUCCAACUCUUUACCCCAAAACCAUCCUCCAAACAUGCCCAAUGAGAGAUGAAUUGAAGAUGAAGGGCUGGAAUGACCUUUUCUUUUGUGUAAAGUCUUUAGGUACAAUUAUGGGACCGAAAUAUCAUUUUUUGAAACUUUGUAUCCAAAGCAACAGACCACAGCCAUUCAAGCUAGAAAAUAUCUGGGAGAAGAAAAUGAUGCUGAGGAGCUCUUCAACACCAGUUCUUGGAUCCCUCCUCUCACCCUUCUCAGACACUCCCAACAACAUUCACCACCAGCCUGAAGUACCCCACACCACCGCCAAACACCCACCAACCACCACUCAUCAAAACUACAACAAACUCUGUUUUCACCGAGCUGGAUCUCAGAAUUUCUCUACAUUUUCAUGCAACUCCUCUCCCAUCUCUCCCUCCGUCUCCGAAUUUUCGGGUACUGGCCGAUGUUCCCCUAUUGGUUUUAGUAGAGCUCAGUCUGAAGGGAAUUUGGAAGGAUUAGCCAAUGCCGCCUCAGGCAUCAUUGAUGAAUUCAGUUUUUCAAACCCACUGAAGAAGUGUUCACGCAGAGCUACUAGCUCAUUUUUAGAGACAAUCCCAUCUUUUUCAUUUCACAAAUAUCUUAGGAGAUAUGAAGAAGAAGACGGUGAUGAGGAAGACGAAGAAGAAGAAGAAGAAGAGCGGGAACAACAAUUGGAGGAAAAUGGUGAAUUGUUUGGUAAACUAUGUCUAAUGAAGCAGAACAUUAAAUUGAAUGAGGAAAUGGGAUAUGGAAAUGUGGGUCUUGAAGAGAGGGAAGAGGUCAGUCCACAUAUGUAUCUUGCAAGAGGGCUUGGGGUCAGUGGUGUUGAUAUUGGUUUUGGUAGUAACGGGGGAUUUAACGGCGGUGGUCGUGGCGGCGGAGGUGGGUUUUUUACAUCAGUAGACUUCGGCAGGGACGAUGGCGACAGCAACGGCAUCGAGGACAAUUUUAAGCGCAUGGUGGUGGAGAAUCCUGGCAACCCUUUGUUCUUGAGGAAUUAUGCUCAAUUUCUGCAUCAAGUUAGUCCCCUAAUUUAUCAUAUACUCUAUGCUUCUCUUACAAAGUCAUAUGGCCCCAUCCUCAUAACGAGUGGCUGUACUCUUAAUUUUGAAGCAUUAACAAAACAUUUACUUUUAUCAAAUCUAUGUGAUGUGCAACAAAAAUACACUAUCAUACGUCGAAGAGAGGUGGUCGUGCAAUUGAAUCUCUCGUUAUUUCUGAGACUCUAUUUGAAACUUACUCGUAGUAACAACAGAUCUCUAGAAGUCAAACAAACUAGACAUGGAAUUGCAUAA